UGAUAAUAUGACUAUCAUUACAUUAUAACUUUCGAUAAUUAUGCGAAAGAAAGGGAUUCGAUUGUAUUCUUUGAUAUCAAUAAAAUCGCAAUAUUCGUAACCUUCUGUAAAGCCCGUGACCACAAGAAAAAAAUAAACGUCAAAGUUUUCCUAGUCUAUGGAAUGUUGUGUUGGUUGUUUUGUGAUCGAUUUCCCCGCAUUUUUCAGUUUAUUAUGCAUUUGGAGGGCUAAACGAUUUCUCCCCUCAAAUCGGUCCUCGCCCCCAACGGGGCUCAAGGGGUGGCUAGAUAAAACGCGUCGUCUAACUUGACUCAUAUUAAUGAAACAUAGUGAAUUUUCAUUUCGCGUAAAAUAAUUUAAAAUGAUGGGAUUUUUUAAAGAAGGAUCUAGGACGUAUUUGAUGGUUUGAUCGGUAUUCAACAAUAACCGGUCAUGGUUUCAGGAUAUUUAAACUAUUCUGUCAGCAAAUUUGUCAUAUGUGCGGCUGUGUUGACACAUGUAGUGUAGUAUUUAUUUGUGGGCGGCGCGGGCGCGGGCGCGGAUAUGGCUCUGGGCGCCGCGGUGCAGAGCCCCAGCAUGCUGGAAUUGCUGCUUGAGGAGAUCAACUUCCAGCGUACCAAGGAGAUGCGCCAGCUCAUGAAGGAUGAGUCUGGUUUCGUGGUUCUACAAGGCACGACGUACUGGACGGACCUCUUCGUGCGUCACUUCCUCUUCCAAGAGGAGCGCUCGAUCGACUGCGACGACCUUCUAUUCUUCGUGCGCAAGCGGCACGUCAAGGGAUCCUCGCGGUACCUGCCCAAGUACGAGACGGACGUGGAGGUGUUCCGCAAGGACUCGAAGAAGCUACCCAUCGGCGACCCGGAGAUCGACUGGGAGGAGACAGUGUACCUGAACCUGAUCGUGCACCAGUUCGACUACACGCUGACGCUGGCCGUGUGCACGCGCACCAGCCCCAAGGAGCUGCAGGUGUUACGCCGGCACUCGCAGAAGGUAUACGCGUCGCCCAGCCGCCGCAAGAUGGACACGAAAGGCGAGGGCGAGGAGAUUACCUACCCCCACAUAUGCUUCAUGGUCGACAACUUCGAUGAGGUAUUCAGCGACAUGGUGGUCCGCGACGGCGAGAUGGUUUGCGUGGAGCUAGUAGCGCGGGGACGCGGCGCGGACGUGCUUGCGGUCCUGUUCCUCGGCUCCAUCCGCUACGACGCACUGUCCAGGGUCUACGACUCCCGGCAAUCGUCGCUAUCUACGAAGGUAGCGCAGCGCAUGUCAUUCGGGCUGCUGGGGCGCGCGGCGGCGCGCUGCGAGUUCGUGCGCAUGAAGGGACCUCACGGCAAGGGGCAUGCCGAGAUGGCCGUGGCUCGGCCGCGGGGUGCUGGCGUUGAUACACCUACGUCCGAGCCCGGGCUGACGGCUACCGAUCUCUGGGACAGUGAUUGGGAGGAGGAUCCUGAGGAGAUGUUCAUGUAUCGACAUCAGCGACGUCUUAGCGACCCCAGUGCUAAUCUGCACAACUACUCCCGCGGCGGCUGGCGCACCAAGGACGGCAAGGACAAGAGCCGCUCCGAGAACGAGGGGCUCGACUCGCUCGUCUCCGGGCUGGCUGAGGUGCAGGCCGGAGAUCUGCGCGACGAGCUGGACGACGGCGCGUACAACCCGCUGUGGGCGAUGCGCGGCUUCACGCAGACGUUCGCGCUGUGGAAGGAGGGCAAGCGCGCCUCGUCCGCGCCGCUGCACGCCUACCUCACCUACGUCACGCUGCCGUGGUGGUGCAUCGCCAAGGAUAUCCUGGACCACCGCGAAGAACCCAUCCUGACGUUCUGAGCUGCACUCCCGAUUAAAACCGACACCGACGUAUUAAAAUGUAAUGAAACCUAUAUUUCAACUAUUAUUGUGAUAUUGUCGCGGAAAAUGGACUUUCUUAGAUACUUUCUUUUGUUCAAAGACUUGAAAGACUUAAGGUCCAGCCAUAAUUUUAUUACAGUUUUGACAAAAAAUGUACCAUGUAUUAAAAAUAUUGUUAGACUAAUAGGUUUGCCUUAAGCACGAUAUAUUUCCAGUCAUGGUGCUGUCUCUACUACUUUUAACUGUUGCGUUGCUUUAUUUUUCCUAGAAAGCUGUUCAUAUCAUUCCAGAUAGUUAGGCGAACAAAUUAAGAUAAUAAACGAAACAGAUGUCUAUAUAAUAACAAGUAAACAACUAUCUGUAUUGUUAGCAGUAGUAGUAACUAUCUAAACCUGGUUCAAAAUACCUUUUUCUUG